CUAGUUUAGCACUUUGCAACAUGAUCCGCGCGCACACCACGAAGAGGCCGGGCUCUGCGGUGCUACGUCCUGCCAGCCCAUCGCAGCACAUGGAGACUGGGUAGAGCCAUAGUUAACGGGGAAUGACAAAAGGAAGAAGGUGGACCAUCUUCCGCUGGCUAUAUGAACCAGCUCAGCAUCAGCAGCGACUGACAAAGCAAAGGGAAACAGAGAUGAGGGUGACGGGAAGUGUUGCUGGUGUUUAUUUCGAUCUGCGUCAAACCUCCUACAGAAGAUAAUGCCAUCGGUGCCUCUGAAGGGACUUUCUAGGUUUCUUAUUUACGCAGGGGUCCAUGUCAGUAUCUCGGGGUAAACACCCAGCAGGGACAGUGAUGGUCACCCCGUCUCCAGCAACCUCACUCUUAGCAUCUGCAUUGUAAGGUGAAACUCGUCCUGGGGGGUGGGCUUGUGAAGGAAUAUGCUAUGCAGAGAUAACAACUAACAUUUAUUUUGUCGUUGUUGUAUACAAACCAGACAGAGCCAUAAUUGGAUUACCGGGUGUAGUUGUUUGUAAACAUGAACUCGCUGUAUUUCUCCGACACUCCGCCCGGGGCGGCGUGCAACCCUCCGGCCGGGUCGGGCGCAGUGACCAGCGCCCUGCGAAAUGACCUGGGCUCCAACAUACAUGUGUUGAAAACACUCAACCUACGUUUCCGCUGCUUCCUUGCCAAAGUCCACGAACUUGAGAGAAGAAACAAACUGCUGGAGAGCCAACUGCAGCAAGCUCUGUUUAAAACGCAGUACCGACACCUUUACUCCCGGGAAGUUGCAGUGCAGACGGACGGUCCCGAAUCUCGGUUACCGGGCACCAUCUGGAGUUUUACCCAUGUCCGGAGGCAAGGGGAGCGCUAUGAGACCGUGCGGGGGCCCGGGGUUUCGUGGUCGCACCCGGACGGAGUUGGGGUCCAAAUAGACACCAUUACACCAGAACUGAGGGCUUUGUAUAACGUGUUGGCCAAAGUCAAGCGGGAGAGGGACGAGUAUAGGAGAAAAUGGGAGGAGGAGCUGUCCAGACGAGAGCAGCUGGAGUCCACCGUGGAAAACAUGCAGCAGAGUGCCCAGGAGUCCACCGAGGUGCAGGAUGAGCUGAGUGAAAAGGUGGACAGACUGAAGGCUGAACUCGUGGUCUUCAAGAGUCUGAUGACGGAUCAAAUGUCUGACCUGGACACCAAGAUCCACGAGAAAGCCCGGCGGGUAGACAUGGACAUCUGCAGGAGGAUCGACAUCACGGCCAAACUGUGCGAUGUGGCCCAGCAACGCAACUCAGAGGACAUGUCGAUGAUGUUCAACGUCAGUCCGGCCCGGUCGCUGCCGGAGAGGGGUGCCGGGGCCAGCUGCAGGAGGAAGGAACUUAAAGCCACGUCUGACGAGGAGAUGUCAGAGAUGGAUGCAGAGCCGAGCCCUUCAGAGGAGGACGUCCCCGGGUCGCUCAACAUCACGGACGAAAUGAAACGCAUGCUCAACCAGCUACAUUCAGAUAACUCCUUUGUUGCCAGGCGCGAGACGUUUGAUAUAGACGACGACUGCGACAGUCUGACGUGGGAGGAAAACGAGGAGACCCUGUUGCUGUGGGAGGACUUCACAAACUACAACGUGCCAAGCGCCUUCACUGCAACACCCGGCACAACCGCCAGCUGCUCCAAUGGAAACGGUGAAGUGGCUGAGCCAGACUCCCAGGAUGGAAGUCUUGGCAGCCUGAUUGAUCAAACAGAGUCCCUCUUUAAGACCAGAGAGGAGCAGUACCAGGAGACCAUCGGCGAGAUCGAGUUUGAAUUGGCCACAGCCAAGAAUGACAUGAACCGACAUUUGCACGAGUACAUGGACAUGUGCAGCAUGAAGAGAGGCCUGGAUGUGCAGAUGGAGAGCUGUCGGCGGAUGAUUAAAGGCGGCAGGAACUCUCCCUCUGUCAGCUCUGUGGCCAGCAGCGACUCAGGGAACACAGACGAGAUCCAGGACGAGAUCUUGGACAAGGACGCAGAGCCUGAAGUCCCCGUUAGUUGAUGCAUGGUAGGGCGUUGUCCCGUCUCUUCCUGAACGCCCCUCAUCGUCACUGGGGUCAAAUGUGUAUAGAGCUAAACCCUGCUAGAGGUGGAGCAGCCUAAAUCUGGGCCUGUUGGACCUUUUAAAGUUCUGAUGGUGGUGCUUACUGACGCAGACUCAGAACUGGUGCUUUUAUACUAUAUCUGUUGUUUAGGAAGUGGUGGGGGGGGGGGAGGGGGUUGUCUUUGCUUCACAUAAAGAAUGGGUGCAAAUAAAGUCCGAGCUGUGCUCUCUUCCUCACUGCUGCCUCGCUGGAUCCUUGUCCAGAGCUUCACUUCAUUUAAGGGGAGAGAAAAACAAUUCUCUAAGAUUUUAAACUGGCUGAGAAGUAUUUUGUACAAGUUCUUACCCUAUUAAUGUCCUUUUAUUAUGAAGGAAAUGAAAAUAGUACAUAUUGUGCUCCUCCACAUAGCAUUCACAAAAAAAGAGACAUCCAUCUUUAGAUUUCUUUUUUAUGUUUUAUUUAUAUAUUUUGCUUGCAAUCCAGAUUAAACUGUUUGGGGUUUAAGUGUCUUCUGCCAAGGAGACAGAGCAAGGAGUGGAGAGAAUGGUGUGAGAGUUCUGUCGGUUUCUGAGGGAACUCUGCAGAGCUGCCAAAGUCGACAAGAGGAAAGGAGCACAGUCCUUUGAAGCUUGAGAGCACUACUGAAGUUCUAUGCAAUUUAGCCGGCCUUAUUUUUGGACUGGCUUGUACCGUUCCUCUCCAAUACGAUUCGCCUUUCAAAGCAAAGCAGGGGUUUUCUAUGUAUUACUUUGAGAUUUAUUUGUUGUUUGUGUGCGUGUUUGAGCGUGAAGUUACCUUAGUAUGGGACUUUGUUUUUCAUGGACAUCAAAAGUUAAAACUGGAACAGUGCCCCCUCAACAAGGGACAAUUAAUCCAAUUUUAAAGGACUAUAAUUAUCAACAUCUGCCAGAUGUCCCUACUUCUGAAACGGGCAGGUCACUGUCUUCAUUCUGAUGUACUCUGAUCAAUAUGUAUUGUGCAUCACAUAAUGUUAUUUUAAACGGCUAAAGUCCAAUACAUUUGAUAAAGUAA